UGUUGGGAGCAGAGGGCAGGGGAAGGAGCAGUCUCUGUGGGAUCACAGUGGAACCAAAUCCAGCCGCUCAGCAUUAAUACUCUGUCCAUGAAGGCACCCGUGCAGCUGACUCUCCUGCCUGACAGUUGUUAAAUCCCGGUCUCACUCUGUCCCUCUCUCUCUCGUAAACCUCUGAGCAACACAAGAUCACUGAGAAAAGAUGAAAUACACCAGCACACGUGGUGGGCUCACUGGAGUCGAUUUCGAAGGGGUGUUGUUUUCCGGUUUUGCCCCAGAUGGUGGACUUUUUAUGCCAGAGGAUAUCCCAAAAGUGGAUAAGAGAAUCCUGCAAACCUGGAGCUCCUAUUCCUAUAUCCAGCUGGUGAAAGAAAUAUGUUCACUUUUCAUUUCUCCAGAGUCUAUACCAAGGGCAGAUCUUGAAGGUCUGAUUGACAGAGCCUUCAUUCGCUUUAGGCACAGGGAUAUCGUUCCUAUCACCAGGCUGAAAUCUGGGUUAAACGUCAUGGAGAUGUGGCACGGGGUGACUCACGCCUUCAAAGAUCUUGCCAUGUCCUGCGUGGGAGAGUUACUGGAUUACUUCUUAAAGAGAAAGAACAAACAUGUCACCAUCCUGGUUGCCACCUCGGGGGAUACGGGCAGCUCCGCCAUCGAAAGUGUGCGAAGAAGAGAGAAUAUGGACAUCAUAGUUCUGUUGCCUCAUGGGCGCUGCACGAAGAUCCAGGAGCUGCAGAUGACGACAGUGAUUGAAGACAAUGUCCAUGUAUUCUCAGUUGAUGGAACGUCGGAUGAGCUGGAUUAUCCAAUCAAAAGGCUAUUUGCCGACAGCGACUUUGUGAAGAAACACAAUAUAAUGAGCACUAAUUCGGUCAACUGGGCGAGGAUCCUGGUACAGAUCGCCCAUUUCUUCUACGGCUACUUGCAGUGUUCCCCACUCACAGAACUAACACCAGUGGAAAUCAUCGUUCCAACGGGUGGAGCAGGAAAUAUCACAGCGGGGUGCAUAGCACAAGCAAUGGGUUUACCAAUCCACCUUGUGGCUGUUGUGAACAGAAAUGACAUUGUUCAUCGCACUGUGCAAUAUGGAGAUUUCUCAUUGGGUGACACCAAGGCCACACUGGCUUCUGCCAUGGAUAUACAGGAGCCGUACAACAUGGAGAGAAUCCUAUGGCUGCUGGCGGGUUCUGAAAAAAGUCACAUUAAAGAGAUGAUGAAAGAGUUUCAGGAGAAGAAGAGGGUGAAGUUACCAGAACAACUUCACAAAAAGAUUGCAGGUGCAAUGACAUCUUGUGUGGUAACAGAUGAAAAUAUACUUGGUACCAUUGGGCGCUGCUGGGAAGAAAACCAUUAUCUCCUGUGCCCUCAUUCUGCAGUGGCUGUCUAUUACCAUUACCAGCAAAUGGACAGCAAUGAUAAAAGCCCCCGAUGUUGCUUGGCACCAGCAUCAGCAGCCAAAUUCCAGGAUGUCAUUAUAAAAGCCAACCUCACCCCUGAUAUCCCCCAAGAGAUCAAAGACUUAGAGAAGAAGAAGACACGGUCUCAUCACUUGACCAAAGAGGAUGAUUGGGAGAAGGUAUUGCGGCAAACCAUCGAAAGUAUCAGCCAACGCAAAGUGCAGUAGUCGGGACAAAGAAAAAUUAUCCAUUUGUUCUCAAUCGUCUCAGUAUCUAAUAUUCUUUAUUUAGUAUAACUAUCUGCUGUGUCCCCCCCAGGCAGUAUUUUUAUUCUUUGUGAUUUUACAUUAAUGAGCAUUUUGCUAUGUAGCUCUCCAGUUGCUAGGGGUCCUCGUACCCUAGCUACCAGUGAAACUACAAAAGACA